UCAUCACUAUUGCGGCCACCACGAAAAUAGACUCACCAUUUCUUCACCACUCUCCUCCUCCUCCUCACACAGAUCUUUCUCUCUCUAAAAGUCUCGUUGUUUCUGUGCAAAGAUGAGCAAGGGACCAGGACUCUUCACCGAAAUCGGAAAGAAAGCUAAAGAUCUUCUAACGAAGGAUUAUAACUCCGAUCAGAAAUUUUCCAUAUCCACUUACAGUGAUGCCGGCGUGGCCUUGACAUCAACAGCAGUGAAGAAAGGAGGACUCUCAACUGGGGACGUUGCAGCACUAUACAAGUACAAGAACACUGUUUUUGAUGUCAAAGUUGACACAGAUUCGAAUGUCUCGACAAUUCUUACUAUAACUGAAGUGCUGCCUUCUACAAAGGCUAUUGCUUCGUUCAAAUUGCCUAAUUAUAAUUCUGGCAAGCUGGAGGUUCAAUACUUCCAUGAUCAUGUGACCUUAGCAACAGCUGUGGCUUUGAAUCAAUCCCCAUUGGUUGAUUUCUCUGCCACCUUUGGUACACCAAGCGUUGCUUUUGGUGCAGAAGCAGGUUAUGACACUACUUCUGGCAAUUUCACAAAGUACACUGCCGGUGUUAGCAUGACCAAGCCAGAUUCAUCUGCCUCGAUACUUCUGGGUGACAAGGGAGAUAGUUUAAAAGCAUCGUAUGUGCAUUACUUUGAUAAGUCAAAGAGAACUGCGGCAGUUGGGGAGGUGACUAGAAGAUUUUCGUCAAACGAGAACACUUUUACCGUGGGAGGAUCCUAUGCUGUGGACCAUUUGACAGUGGUUAAGGCAAAGUUGAACGAUCACGGGAAGAUAGCAGCUACCCUCCAGCAUGAGGUUAUUCCAAAGUCAUUAAUGACAGUGUCUGGUGAGAUUGACACCAGGGGCUUGGAAAAGAACCCCAAGUUCGGAUUGGCAAUUGCUCUCAAGCCUUAAUCACUACUACACUGGUGGAUUCUUGAAACCUUGUUAAAUUUUUUUUGGUGGCUCUUGAAGGGGAGAACUUGAAAUAAGUAGUUCCACAGAUUAUAUUCUUUUCUAGACAACUGUGGAUGGUUUGACUCUGUUCGUUUCUUUAUGGAAUUGUAAGGUAGCUGUUUGUGCAAGGCAUUUUGAAAGCUAGCCCAUUUUGUUCUCCGCAUGGAGGUGUCUUUUAAUGAAAAAUUCUGUUUCACAA